AAACACUGUCACUACUGAAGCUACAGUAGCCAGGAAACCCACCCACUCAUAAUGGUCACCCCAGAGGCCAUCGGCUUCCUGUCGGCGGUGGGCGUCUUCAUCGUGGCGCUGGCGGUCCUCUUCCUCUUCAUCAACAAGAAGCUGUGUUUCUCGCGUGUUGGCGGGCUACCCUGUCUGGAGCCGAACAGCCGCCGCAAGAAAGGACGACAGGGGAUCCGCCAGGGGCUCGUGAACAGUUACGGCGACGACGGUGCCACCAGCUCGUCUGACAGCGAGGGUGAGGUCCUGAAGAAGUUCGAGAUCUCCGUGUCGCGCUCGCAGAGUUUCCGUAAAGCGGGGUCAGCGGCGGCUAACGGCAGUGAAAAGCAGUCUCAACCGACUCAGCUAGCUUUGGGCCGACGCCACAAAUUCACCCGACUGUCGGACCAGGAGGAGGGCAGCACCGAGCCGUCAGACUGUGAAGGUGUGCAGCAGCAGCAGCAGCAGCAGUUCCAGGACCCGCUGUCUGCAGCAGCAGCAGCAGCGGAGAGCGCGGAGUCGUCUGCAAACUGUCCGAACAAACCUGCAGGAGCCGAGGCGUCUCUAUCAGGCGCCAGGGACAGUCCCUCACUCAGUCUGAGCCGGCACCCUGCAGACGGCAGCGAGGACAUGGAGACGACCCUGGACAAAAAUGACGCAACAGACAGCUCCUCCACCUGGAGCCCCGAGGUACUGCAGCCUGACAGUUCACAUAUUUUACAUCAAGAGCAACCUCCCGUCGAUGAGGUCACGUCUCAGCCGAAAGGAUCUUCCCCUCGACCCCCCAUCUCCAAAUGUGGCGACCUGGUCCUCUCUCUGGAGUACCGUCCCGACACGGAGAAGCUGCUGGUCUGCGUGGUCGCGGCGCGGGACAUUCCCGACAAGGCUCGCAGCGGGAUGGACUCCUGGCAGGUUCACAUGGUCCUGCUUCCCUCCAAGAAGCAACGACACAAGACGUCGGUGCAGAAAGGCUCGCAGCCGCACUUCAACGAGAACUUCCGCUACUCGCGCGUGGAACCGUCCGACCUGCAGAUGUCGGCCAUCAGGUUCCGGCUGUACGCUCUCGGGGGAAGGAUGUCCCGCGAGCGUAUGAUGGGGGAGAAGAUUCUGCGUCUAGGAGAGCUCGACCCGAACGGAGGGACGAUGGAGACGACGCUGGUCCUGGAGCCUCGCAGCAACCUUAAGAGUUUGGGCUCCCAGCUGAGCCUGUCUGCCGUGUCUCAGAGCGACAGCGCCUCCUCCACUCAGUCUCUGACCCACGGCGGCGUCCCCGAGCUGCUGGUGGGACUCUCCUACAACGCCACCACGGGACGCAUGUCUGUGGAGCUCAUCAAGGGAAGCCACUUCAGAAACCUGGCCAUCAACCGGCCACCAGACACCUACGGGCGUCUGACGCUACUGAACUCGGUCGGUCAGGAGAUCUCUCGGUGCAAGACGUCGGUACGUCGCGGCCAACCCAACCCCGUCUACAAGGAGACCUUCGUCUUCCAGGUGGCGCUCUUCCAGCUGUCGGACGUCACGCUGCUGGUCUCCAUCUACAACCGGCGCAGCAUGAAGCGCAAAGAGAUGAUCGGCUGGUUCGCUCUGGGGCAGAACAGCAGCGGCGAGGAGGAGCAGCUCCACUGGCAGGACAUGAAGGAGAGUCGAGGACAGCAGGUUUGUCGCUGGCACGUCCUGCUGGAGGCGUAACGCUACCUGCCGGCCAGGAUUUACUGUUGCUGUGUUUCUUUUCUUUUUGAAGCGAAGAGGAGAGUUUAUUCUUGAGUGUGGAAGGUUGGAAAGUACUGAGGAAAAAAAAGAAGAUGAUGCACG